ACUUGUUUGUUCAUAAACACAACCCAAAAGAGUAGAGAAUUAAAAGGGUCAGUAGACACACACAUACACAUACACACAGUAUACAAUAUUAUUACAGCACAAACCAAACAGGCAAAAGGCUCUGAAGAGAGAGAAAAAAGCAAACAAGAUAAACAAGAGAGAAACUCAAGAAACAAGAGGGGUUUUCAAGACAACAGAGAUGAUGCAAACACAAGAGCAAGCAGUGACACAGUCUGGUCAACUCUCGGGAAGUCUAAGCUUCAGUGGAAGCAUGUCGAAAGAAGAUGAAGAGAUGUCAAAGACGGCUCUUUCUACUUUUAGAGCCAAAGAAGAAGAGAUUGAAAAGAAGAAGCUUGAGGUUAGAGAGAGAGUCCAGGCUCAGCUUGGUCGCAUUGAACAAGAGACUAAGCGUCUGGCUAACAUUAGAGAGGAACUUGAAGGAUUAGCAGAUCCAAUGAAGAAGGAACUUAGCCUUGUUCGUAAAAAGGUCGAUUCAGUUAAUAAAGAGCUGAAACCCUUGGGACAGACCUGCCAGAAGAAGGAAAAAGAGUAUAAAGAUGCUCUUGAAGCCUUUAAUGAGAAGAACAAGGAGAAAGUACAGUUGAUUACUAGGCUGAUGGAGCUGGUUAGCGAAAGCGAGAAAUUAAGGAUGAAGAAGCUGGAGGAACUGAGUAAGAGCAUAGAAUUGACGCGCUGAAUAAUUGUAAACUCUAAUCACUAAGUUAGGGAUGUGUGAAUGUAUUUAUUAAUCAAGAACACCGUUCUCUUUUUCAUUUCUCUUAUCUUUCUAGUUAUAUAAUAUGGGUGAUUUGGGUUUGGUUGUAUUUUAUUGUUACCGUUGUUAAACAGGUCAUAACUUUGGAUUCUUUCUUUCA